GAACGUCCUCACUGGCCGGGCGCAACACUAUGGAGACGUAUCCGGCCUGUUGAAAGCCAAUGGCGAAGCCAUUCCAGAGGGUGUCGAGUCCAACUUGAAAACGCGCAAUUCUGCGGGAUUUGUCCCCCAGGAUGACGUCAUGCAUACCGAGCUGACGGUGUACGAGAAUGUCUAUUUCGCGGCCCGGUUGAGGCUUCCGCCGAACACUCCGCUAGCAGGAUUCUCUGAACGAGUCAAUACAGUUCUCCACGAUGUGGGCAUCUGGCAUGUCAAAGACACGGUGGUUGGCAACGCCGAUGUACGGGGAAUUAGUGGCGGUCAGCGCAAGCGCACAUCGAUCGCCAUGGAAUUGGUCGGCCAGCCUUCCGUGCUCUUCCUGGAUGAACCCACAAGUGGACUGGAUGCGGCGGCAGCUCACUCCAUUGUGAAGCUUCUGUGUGGACGAUCGCGGCAGCACUGCACCACUGUGGCCGUGAUCCAUCAGCCCCGCUGGCAGACUCUGGAGUUCUUUGACAAUGUUGUCCUUUUGGCCACUGGUGGCUACCUGGUCUAUUCCGGACCUGUUGCCGGUUGCGUUGACUACUUCGAGAAGGUGCUGGAAGCUCCCAUUCCCAGCAUGGCCAACCCAGCAGAUAUAUUCCUCGAUUUCAUAGAUAGCUCCAGCAGCGAAAGAGACGAGACGCUGCAACUGUCGGUCGAUGAGUUGGCCUCCAAAUGGGAAGCCUUCCGAGGAGAG